GGUUUAGGAUUGUCAUCAAACACCAAAGAAGAAAAUGUUCGAGCGGAUGAGAUCAUUUGGUUUACAGUUUUGUUUAUCUACUUGAAGAUAUUAAGUGUUUAUCCGUCACUUUUCCAUGUACUUUAGUUAGUAGACAUUUUUUAACGUAGCCUAAUUUUACAGCAGCUUAAUAUUUUCUGAUUAUCCUUAAGAGCUGAAGUGGGAAUGGCAGAGAACAGCGAAUUAAAUGAGGCAAAACAUAACGGCUCGCCGUCCAGUGGGAUGACGGACCAAGAGAAGGAGAUGGCAACGAGUGCAUACGAAGCUUUUCUGGCUGGGAAGUAUGACGAGUCUCUGAAACAGCUUGAAGCCUUGCAGGAGCUCAACAAAGAGGACUACAAAAUUUCUUUGAAUAAAGCUGUUUUAGAGUUCUACAGAAGUGGCCAGACUGCGACAGGUUUGUUGAAGCAGACCCUUUCAUCGAUGAAGAAUCAGCUUCACACAGCCACAGAAGAUGUUGAUGGCUUGGAUGACGUUGAGAAUAGUUUGCUGUACUAUAACCAGGCCAUCAUCCACUACCACAUGCGCCAGUACUCUGAGGCCAUCUCUAUCGGAGAGAAGCUCUACCAGUUCCUGGAACCAUUUGAAGAGAAAUUUGCCCAGUCAGUGUGUUUCCUGUUGGUGGAUCUCUACCUGCUGACAUUCCAGCCAGAGAAGGCGCUCCACCUGCUGGCCGUUCUGGACAAGAUCUCUGUACAAGGAAGCAACAAGAACGGCAAGGCAGAGAGCAACAACUCAGGAUCAAACCAAAAGGUGGAGUUUGUAGCAAUGAUGGAAGCAGCCAAAUCCAAAAUCCAUCAGUACAAAGUGAGAGCGUACAUUCAGAUGAAGUCCUCCAAGGCCUGUAAGAGAGAGAUUAAAUCAGUGAUGAACACAGCAGGGAAUUCUGCUCCUUCUCUCUUCCUCAAGAGUAACUUUGAGUAUCUGAGAGGAAACUACCGCAAAGCGGUGAAGCUGCUGAACAGCUCCAACAUGGCAGAGCAUCCUGGACCCAUUAGAACCGGUGAAUGUGUUCGCUGUAUGUUCUGGAACAAUCUGGGCUGCAUCCACUUUGCAAUGGGGAAACACAACCUGGGCAUCUUCUACUUCAAGAAGGCGCUGCAGGAGAACGAUCACACUUGUGCACAACUGGGAGACGGCGGCGGCAACAAUCAGUGUAAAAGACUGUCAGGUGUCCCUAUGUGUGCCCUGCUGUCCAACAAGCGAUAUGAGCUGCUGUAUAACUGUGGCGUCCAGCUGCUGCACGCCGCCAGGCCGCUGGCAGCCUUCGAGUGUCUGAUGGAGGCCGUUCAGGUUUACCACUCCAACCCGCGUCUGUGGCUGCGCCUGGCUGAAUGCUGCAUCUCUGCUAACAAAGGGGGCUCUGAGCAGGAAAGCAAGAGUUUACCUAGUAAAAAGGGAAUAAUCCAGUCUGUAAUUGGACAAGGAUACCAUCGCAAGAUUGUUCUGGCAUCACAGUCUUCACAGAACACCAACUACAGUGAAGGCCAGUCAGCUGCCAUCCCUGUAGCCAGUAUGGAGUUCGCUGCCAUCUGCCUGCGGAACGCCCUGCUGCUGCUGCCUGAACACCAGCAGCAGGGCGCCAAGGCUGAAAGCGGCUCCAAGAACUCCAGCCAAUCAGGAAGCACCGAGAGCGGCAGUGAGAACAGUGACCCCUGCAGUGGAAAAAGUCAGGAAGCUGAUAAGUUUUUUUCUGCAACUCCAUCGUCUCCACUUCGAAAACAGGAGGUGGAAAACCUCAGGUGUUCCAUUCUGGCUUGUAGUGCCUAUGUGGCGCUGGCCCUGGGAGACAACCUGCUGGCUCUGCACCACGCUGACAAACUGCUUCAUCAAACCAAGGUGUCUGGCUCCCUCAGGUUUCUGGGUCACCUGUAUGCUGCUGAAGCUCUCAUUUCAUUGGACAGAAUAUCUGAUGCAAUCACUCACCUGAACCCAGAGAACAUCAGCGACGUGUCACUAGGCGUGCUCAGCAGUGAGCAGGACCAGGGACAUGAAAAAGAUGAGCCCAUAGAGCCAUCAGCUAAGAAGAUGCCGCUGUUUUACCCCAGCAGCGUGGCAGCAGCGCAGGCCAUGAUGCUCUUCAACCUGGGCAGCGCCUACUGCCUGAGGAGCGAGUAUGACAAGGCCCGCAAAUGCCUGCAUCAGGCUGCAUCUGUGAUGAACUCUAAAGAGAUUCCGCCUGAAGCCAUCCUGCUGGGCGUCUACCUGGAGCUACAAAACGGAAACACUCAGCUGGCUCUGCAGAUCAUCAAGAGGAACCAGCUGCUACCCUCAACCCUUCAUAGGUCCUCGCCAGAUCCGCGCAAGAAACCUUCCCAGCCCCCCCAGCUGCCCUCAUCAUUCACACAAGUUCAACGGAAAUAAACCUGAGCAGUAACUUCAAUAAAGCUGUGCAGUAACUUCAGCUGCCUGGAGUCACCCAUCAGUCAGCUGUAAUCUUUUUGAAGCUUCAGAGAGUGGAGGAUCUGUCCAUCUGGGAUUCAGCUUCAAUGUGACUGAGGAGUUUGUGCUGAAAUUAAGAGGCAAUAAAUGUAUUUAGUGUUUGUAUGGUGGA